UCCCUCUCAGCGUCCCCCAGAGUAAAAUUACCCCUUUGGAGUUCUUUGUACCACCUGAAUAUAGUCGUACGGUGAGGACAAUCAUUCUUUGAUGCAAGCGUCAUUUCAUCUAAGCACUGACAGUAAAACUGCCCUUAUCUCACUACGUGACCACAAUGACAUGGUCCGGACUUUACACUGUCAAUACGAAUGAACAACUAAAUCAACAGACGCGCUGCUGG